UUCUGUCCGUAUACUCUUACCUCCGAUGGCGAAUGAUUUGUCCGAGGAUCAGGUUUUGGCGUACCUUUCCAAGCUGUCACCAGAAGCUGCAGCCGCCCUUCUGUCCAAAGCAAAUCAAGAAAAAAACUCGUCGCAGCUACGGAAUGAGGAUUCCGAGGAAAGACCUGAAGAUGGAGAGAAUGUAGCUGCUUUUGUGAUGCGCACGCUGGCUGCAGGCAACAUUGCUGGAGCUAAGCGAUUCUGGCGUCAAGCAGAUUUGAGCUUUCUUGGGGAGGACGGUUGGAGCUGCCUGCACUGGGUGGUACAUGCUGCUGGCGCAGCCCUAUCAAAGGCAAAGGAACAGGAGCCUCAAGUUGGCUGUGGCUGCCACUGCCAUUCCGGUGCCUCCAGUGCCAGAUGUCCAGCCUUGGCCCUUCUCCGUGAAAUGCUUGACCACGACGACGUUGCAGUUGAUGUGCGAAGCUCCCAAGGCGCCACAUCCUUGAUGUUUGCAGCUGAUGCUGGCGAUGAAGAAGUUUGUGCCUUGCUGCUCCACGCUGGCGCGGACCCCUCUGCAACCGAUGCUGAUGGGGACGAUGCAGUAGCUUGGGCAAAAGCUCGAGGACAUGAAUUGUCCUGUCUCGGCCGAGCGGCUGGGACAAUGGAUGUCGCCCUUCACAUUCAACAGUUUUUGAGUUGCCAUGGAGCUUAUGCUACAGGAGCACUUGGAGACCAGAAGAUUCCAGCGCGGCAUGCGAAAAAGCAAGUCGGUUCCGACAACGUGGUUGCCUCAGUUGGGUGCAUUUACGUGGUUGAGGCGGUUGAGGGGAGGGAAAGACAUGCAUCUUUGAAUAGGAAAGACACAACUGCCGAAGAUGUCGAAGCCAUCGUGGUACCUGCUGCACUUGCCAAUUCUGUGGCUUUUCCUGUGAUGCAGCUGUGCAAGGAGAGAGGCCCUGCAAAGCCAGAAGAGAAUAAGAUUGAAACAGCAACAGUUAGCACUUGCCUUCCAGGAGGACCCUUGGGCUUGCAAGAGCAGCCAGAAGGAGGCCCGUUGUUUAGGGACGGGGGAUGCACAUGGAGUCGAAAGGCUUCGAGAGCACAGGUCUUGAGCAGCGAGCAAGAGUUGCGAUUGAACAAGACGAUCAAUCGCCACACAUUUGCACGAAGAACCAAAGACAGGUGUCAAUCUGGCGACUUCGUUACAUCGCAUCGCUCGCCACAGCAGCGAGGUUUUGCUCCAGUCAUGAAGGCGAUAGAAAGGAGCCGCAGUUUGCUUGUCAUGUGGGAUGAGCACAAAGAUCAGAAAAGGAAGCACAAUCCGGUGGGUUUCCGGCACAAUGUGCCAGCAUUGUGGCUUGGUCUUGCGCGACGUUUCUUGGGCACAAUUUGGACCGUCCGUGACGAUGCACUCUUUAGCAUUUUGGCGGAGCUUGCUGGACCACGCUUACAUGAGCUAAAGCCCUACGAGGUCACCAAUCUGGUCUGGGCUUUUGCGAAGCUCUCGGUCCGCAGUGCGGCGCUUUUCCAGAGUGUGGCCCAGAUGCUCCAAUGUCGUCGUCGAGGGGAGUACAAGGCCCAAUGCUUGGCAGCAGCUGCAUGGUCGUUUGCCAAAUCCUCAGCGAUACCCAGGAGCACGCAGAACCAGCUGUUCAAGAGCAUAGGCGACGAGAUUUUGCCGCAGGUGAACUCUCUGAAACCCCAAGAAGUCGCCAAUGUGGUGUGGUCAUUUGGCCAGAUGAAGAUCAAGCACCAGCGGCUAUGCGAGGAGAUCGCAAACUUCCUCUCGACGCCUUCAGGGUUUUCUCGAUUCAGCACAACGCAGCUCACCAACAUUCUCACCGCUUUUGCACAGGUCCACUUCAGGCACUCUGGAUCCAUUAGCAAGAUCUGUGGAGUCAUCCUUCGAAACAGCCACAGCCUCACGCCUGAGGAAUCGUCAAGUUUGUUGUGGUCCUUGGCAGAGCUCAAUGUGCAUGAUAGAACGCUCUUGGUGCAGAAGAUUUUGGACAUGGCAGCUGCAGACAUCACCUGCUUCAAGUACGAGGAGCUCGUGGUUCUGAACACCGCGGCGAAGAAACUCAGCCCUUACCAUCAAAGCUUCUUCGAUGUUUGUGAGGCAGCUCUGGGUACGUUGGAUGGCUGAGACGUGAGAGUCGCGAGAGUGUUCCGAAUUACAACUUUUUGGUGCGUGGAGCUGUGGCCCAUGCCGCCCAGAAAUUAAUUCUAAGAUUUCGAGAGGUGUGGCACAGUGAAACAACAUAAA